AUGAAUAGUGAAUUAAAGAAUGAAGAAUUUGUUUUAUCGACUCGUCCUUCGGAUCAAAAUGAAAUCAAGUCGGCUUGGAAAUUACAACCAUGCCCAAUGCCAACUAUCGCUAAUGAUAAUGAAUUUAUACUAGAAACUUUAUUUAUUUCUGUUGAUCCUUAUCUUAGUAGUGGUUUAAAAAAAUCAGCAUUGGGAGGUGAUAUUAAUCCAAUUGGUUUUAUUCAAAUAUCAGGUUUAGUAGGUCGUGUUAUUGAGAGUAAAAAUUCAAAUAUUCCAACUGGUACACUUGUUACUGGGAGAAUGCAAUGGAAAAGAUAUAUUCUUGCUAAUGGUACAGAACCACGAUUUAGAAUUUUGCAAAAAUCAAUAGAGAACAAUACAAUUUAUGAUAAGAUUGGUUUUAGUACUGCACUUGGAGUAUUGGGAAUGCCUUCACAAACAGCCUAUUAUGGAAUACUAUCAGUUGCCAACACACAACCAUCCGAUGUUGUAGUGAUAAGUGGAGCUGCAGGAGCCGUUGGGACAAUUGCUGGGCAAAUUGCAAAGAAAGUUAGAGGCGCUCAAAAAGUCAUUGGAAUUGCUGGCGGAGAAAAAAAAUGUGAUUACAUUGUCAACGAAUUAGGAUUUGAUGCAGCAAUUAAUUAUAAAGAAUAUAAUACGAAAGAGAAAAUGAUUAAUAGAUUAAAAGAAUUAGCGCCGGAAGGAAUUACACAAUAUUUCGAUAAUACGGGUGGAUUUGUCACUGACGCAGUAUUUGAUAUUAUUAAAAAACAUGGUAAAAUUAUUAUUUGUGGCCAAAUUAGUACUUAUAAUAAUAGUGAAGAUGAUCCAUCUAAAAUUAAUAUUUAUCCAAAUUAUUUAGCGAAAACAAUUUAUCGUGGUUUAUCAAUUUUAGGCUUUGUAUGUGGCGAUUUUAUUCAUCGAAAUGAAGAUGAAUUUUAUAAAGAUAUGCCCGUUUGGUUGGAUCAGGGAACAAUUAAAUUUCAUGAAACUUUUGUUGAUGGAUUUGAAAAUUUGCCUCGAGCUUAUGAAAUGCUUUUUACUGGUGAGAAUAUUGGAAAAGUUGUUAUUAGAGUUUAG